AUGAGAAAACAAGAAAGGAAAAAAUAAUAAUGAAUGGCCUCUUAGGUUUCUGUACUUUUAAAAAAAAACGCCUAUCCCGACUUCCGUACUUUUUUUGGUUGGAUCGUAUAGAGUGGUGCAUGUAUGACAUCACUUUGUAGGCCAAAAUGCGGAAGUGAGUUAGCAUUUUAGCACUUCCGGUUCCAUCGCCCCGAAGUCAAUGGGUUUUUUGAAUGGGAUUUUGAUUAAAUGGCUGAAAUAAGGUCUGUGGUGAACGCAAGCUCAAGACAGUUUCACGUUUUAUUCUACGACAUAAAAUGCAUCAGUAUUACCCCACUUGUGAUUUUUUUUUUAAAGCUGUUAUGUGUCUUGAAAAAGGCGGUUGCUAACAAGUGGCUAAAUGGGACUCCACAGGCAGUCGGGGACAUUAAACGUCAUAACGGCGAAAAGUUUGGAACCAUGGACGUUAUCGAAAAGAAAAUAAACAGCAUUGCGAAUGAAGCCGAGGAGGUGCUGAUUUCAAAAGAGAUCGAGGAAAUACGUCGGUAUUCUCUGGCAAAUCAGUUGAGAACAGGUUUUUUUGGACAAGAUGCCUGUGUCCAAACUGACGAAUCAGAGGUGCCAAAUAUAAAGAUUCUCGCUGCCGACACUGCAAAUCUUAUGAAGGAGAUGCACAUGUUAAAAGAAGACACUGCAAAGAAACUGAAAAUAAUACAUUUUCAUUAUGAGACUAAACUGCAGGAAGAAUCUGAUGCCCUUUAUACACGAAUGAAUGAUAAAAUCAAGAAUUUGGAAAACUGCUACAAAGAGAAAUUAUCUGUUCUCCGGAGAAGCUAUCAGCAGCAGCUCUCUGAUGCUAUGCAGGUGAUCAAAGCCAGCUAUAAGAAUAAGGAAGACAUGGUUUGUGAUGUUACUGACGGAAGAGUAAAGGACCUUCUGAAUGAGCUUCAGGAGAAGAACCUGAGGAUUGAGUGUAUAAGUGAACAGCUGAAGAAAUAUGAGAUCGGCACCGAGGGAGUGGAGGACCCCGAGAAAAGCAGAUUGAAGUCAGAGAAUGAAAAGCUAAAAGAUAACAUCGACUUUUUGCACGUCGAGCUGGAAGAGAUUCACCGAGCCCUGGAAUCCAAAGAGCAGAGUCUGGCUCUGAAUUUAGAACAGUUGAAAUCAGAGGCGGAUGACAGCAAAAAGGCCCUUCAGAAGUUGGCAGGUGAACAUGAACAACUGAAAAUGCAGUUAAACUUUGAAAAAGAAAGUGGCAGAGAAAAGAUAAAACAGUUAAAAGAGGAGAUGAAGAAAGAAAUUGCAUGCAUUGAAGCCUCACGCCUGAAGGAGAAAGCUGCCACUGAAAUUGAGAAGCAAAAGCGAGGAGAACCCACAACCAUGGAGCUUCUUGGGGAUGCAGAGCUGGUUCAAAAAAUUAAAGACCAUAGAAAGACUGAAGCAGUGCUGAAAAAGGAGAUUGAAAGGCUCAAUAAGCAGUUGUGCAUGUCCAAUCAGGUGUGGGAAAAGAAGUUUGAGAUUUUAAGACAAAGUUUCCAUGCCAUCAAGGAUGAGAUGUUUUUACGGCAGACGUUGCAGCGGCAGGAAGCCAUUCUGCACAACGCCUCAGUCAGCUUUGCGAUGGAUGCUCCUUGCUCACCACAGCAGAAGAGUCCAGCAGACGAUAAUUUUAAAAAGCUGUGCCUAAAUAGCAAAGUGGCUCCUUUGCCACGUAUAGGUGCUGGAGGCCAGCAGAAAAGGGACAGAGUCGUGAACAUCAGCCUACAGAGUGAGAGAGGUGCAGAUGCUCUCCCUGGAUUAGAUUCCCAGGUGACCCUUGCUGAUGAGGAAGAUGAAGUAUAAAUUGGAGUUCUUUCUUUCUUUUAAACAGGCAACCACGCCAUCACAUUUGAAAUAGAAAUGGCACCAAAAAUUGAUAACUAUAUUACAGUCUAUUACAUUUUAACCCAGCAAAUGGGUUGUUUUAACCCAGCAGUUGGGUUAAAUGUUUGCCCAACCUGCUGGAUAGCCUUAUUUAACUCAACUAUUGUUUAAAAAUGACUGUAUAGCUUGCUUAAAGUCAACCCAAAAUAUGUUGUAAAUUAACAUUUAUUGAUAUGUUUAAUAAAUUAACAUUUAUUAAUAAGUUUAAUGAAUAAUAAUUAAACAAUAAGCAUUUAUUAAAUUGCUUAUUAAUAGAUGUUUGCCUUUUGAUUAUUAUUGUUGCCUCUAGUAAUUAUGUGUCUGAUUUUUAAUUUCCAACCUAUUUUGGGUUCAUUUUAAGCUAUCCAUAUAGUAAUUUUUAAACAAUAGUUGGGUUAAAUAAAACUGCCCAGCAUGUUGGGCAAACAUUUAACCCAACUGUUGGGUUAAAACAACCCAAUCGCUGGGUUUGUCCAUUUUCAACUAAACUGGGGUUGUUUUUAACCCAGCAUUUUUUAGGGUGUAGUACCCAUACCAGUGGACGAUAUUGUUCUGUUUAUUCUAAGCACGUGCUGCAGUUAUGUCGUCUAGCGCUUUAAAUGCUCUGGCUCUUUAAAGCAAGAUGGAUUCUGAUUGGCUGUCGAUGUUUUUAUCGUUCAUCAGCUGGAAAAAAUGCUCUGAAAGUGAUUGCACUAUAUAGUUUCUCUGUGCCAGACUCUGCUAUUCUUUUAUAUUUAGAACGGUUUUUAGAACUAUAUCUUUAUUAUUAUAAUCCUUGGUGUGAACGGGCCUUUAGUCUGCACUGCAUGUUUUUGUCAUUUCGAAACUUGACUAUGGUAUCAUAGUCACAUAAUAUAACUUUUUUUUUACUGUAUAAAUCAGAAAUAAAAUCCUUAAUACCAUCGUUUUAAUUGUGUUUUAAUUGUUUUUGGUCUGAAGAAGGAAAGACCUACUUG